AUGGGAAGCCUGCUGAAUCUCGAGGAGCACUUCGCCUUCUACGGAGCGUACCACAGCGCCCCUGUCAAUGUCCUCAUCCACAUCCUCCUGGUGUGGCCAAUCUUCUUUACAAUCCUCCUCCUCCUCUACUUCACACCCCCCUUCUUCCACUCCGCCGCCCCCUUCGGCUUACCCCUCGUCUUCAACGUGGGCUUCAUUAUCACCCUCGUUUACGCCAUCUUCUAUGUCUGCCUCGACCGCCGGGCCGGCUCCAUCGGCGCGCUUCUCUGCGUCCUCUGCUGGGUCGGCAGCAGCGUCCUCGGCAGCUACCUCGGCGCCCAGCGCGGCUUGCGCGUAUGUAUUCUACCAUACGCUCCUUUCUCGCCUUGCUCUUCCUCCUCCCACAAAUCAGACUGGUGUCGAUGGAGCCUUCCCCAUUUUUUAUGCUUUCACGGUUUCCUCCAAAUGAUCGAAUUGGGAUCUACGAAUCGAAGGUCAAAGCUAUGAAAACAGGACAUUUUCAGGAUUAUUGGUUUCCUAAACGCGUAUUGUCGGUCUCAGAGAACUGAAUCUAAAGAACCCAUGUCUCUUCGCCGAUCGUACGCACUGAGGAACCGAGAUUCCCUAAAAGCCGUCUCCCUCCCUCUUCAUCCUCAACUCUAAACGCUGCGAGGCUGUUGUUCUUCCAGGUGGCUCUGGCAUCCCAGCUCUUCUGUUGGACCGGACAAUUCAUCGGCCAUGGAGUAUUCGAGGUAAACUCUUCGAACUGCAACGGCGGGGAUUAUUAUGGUAACGUUGGCGAUGAAACACCCUUGGCAAUUUCCGUUACAGGGCCGGGCGCCCGCUCUUCUCAGUAACCUCUCCCAGGCCUUCUUGAUGGCCCCAUUCUUCGUUCUCCUGGAGGUAAGACGAGGCCUCCACGUCCACACCUGAUCGAUCGCCGAUCGCAGCACCACCAAGCUUCUCACGGAUGCUUACGCACAGGUGCUCCGUGUAUUCGGCUACGAGCCCUACCCUGGCUUCGACGCCGCCGUGCGGGCGAAGAUAGAGACCGAGAGGGAGGCUUGGCAGGCCCGCGUGCAGAAGAAGAGCACUUGA